AUGUCAUAUGUAGCCCAUACCCAAUCUGAUACAGAGGCACCCUUGUCUGGUGUGGACGUAGAAGCAGAGCUCGACGACUGUGUUACGGCUACACAAAAACCGAACACUGCUUCAGCACAGUCAGUUACAGACGACGAGGCCGAGUCCAAGUGGUUUGAAGAUCUACAGAGUCGGCUGUGUGAUGCUUACGGCCGCAGGAUUCUUCUUUAUAACGCAACCGUCAACCUUGCGAUUUCGCAGGCAACGAUUUGGUUCGCAGCAAGUGCCAGCAACCUAUUCGGAUGCCGUCUACUCUAUUUGGACGGCAUUUACCUCGGCUUGACCUCCGGAACCCUGCUUGGUAACCCUACUAUCUUUGCCUGCGUCGGUCCCUCGUUGGGCGGAUUCAUCGUCAAAGCGACAGGCGAUCUCACCUCGAUCAUCCAGAUCUCGCUUGUCAAUUUUGUUGUUCUAUCCGUGUACCUGUUUGCUCUACCAGAAUCUCUUCGCAAACAGGACAAGCCAUUGGCGGCUAAGGAUGAGAACACGCGAACAAGCCUCACCAAGGAGGAAUCGCUGUCUGCACUUGCUUGCGCGAAGUCUGUGUUUAUUCUGGUGAUGAACCUGAUCUUCAGGCGGACGUCCUAUAAGGAUGGCCUGUACUUCUCGUUCUCGGCAAUGUGCGUGUUUACCGUCUUAUGGAUCUCUCCACUCUCUCAGUCCCUUUACAAGUGCUAUAUUGUGAGGCUAGGCAGGAUUGAGCAGCACGACGAUGCCUCAUUGGAAUCUGAAAUCGAUACCGAUUCCUCCUUCGGGGAUCAGUCAAUACCAGCGACAGAGUCUCUCAUGAUGGACGCCUUUUUCCUUUUCGGUGAAGCGACGCUCCUAGUUGUCUCCUAUUUUAUCGUGCCGCUCUUUAUGUCUGUGCCUAUUCUUUAUAUCGUCUCCUCGAUGUCUAUGCUGACAACGAUCAUCCCCAGUACCAGACUGGCAUGGCUCUAG